AUGUGUGGUGGAUUUACGUGCUCUAAAAAUGCUUUGAUUGCAUUAAAUAUUCUUUAUGUGGUGGUAGCUUCUAUUCUUAUAUCCGUAGCCGUGUAUGGAGAAACUUCUUCCCUGGUCACUAAUUUGCCCAUAGUAGGUGGAAUCCUUGCGUGUGGAGUGUUUCUAAUUUUAAUAUCAUUAUUGGGUUUAGCUGGGGCAGUCAAACAUCAUCAAGUUAUGCUAUUCUUUUACAUGGUGAUACUGUUUCUUUUAUUUUUUGUACAAUUUUCGGUUGCCUGCGCUUGCCUCGCUGUAAAUUCUGAUCAACAGGAGAUGUUAGCUCAACAGGGGUGGAAUAAAGUAAACAUGGAUGUAAAAGAGCAAGUUCAGCAGAGAUUUCAGUGCUGUGGUUUUCAGAAUAGACUUAUUCCUGUAAAUGGUUCCGCAGACUACCCAUCGUGUGACCUUGUUGAUAGGAAUUGCUGCAAGAAUAUGGAAAUUUCACAAAACUGUCAAUGUGAACCCUGCAUGGAGAAGUUGAAGGAAACUAUUGAUUAUGCAUUUAAACUUUGUGGUGGUAUUGGAUUAUUCUUCAGUUUUACUGAGUUAUUCGCUGUUUGGCUCGCUAGACGUUACCGCAACCAACCGGACCCUAAUUAUAAGGAACCGCAUGCUAUCUUCCCUAGGAACAACUAUCUAUAUUGA